AUGUCGUCGGCGCCAACGCCAGACCUGGGCAAGCCCCAAUUUGCAUCUCACUCAUGGCUCGAACCUAUCGUGGUCGUGAGCAUCAUGUUUGGCUCAUUGUACUUGAAUCGACGCAAAAACUUCAGCGUCUUCGGUGACAAGGGGUACGAUAAUGCGGACCGGUCUCCCCGCGGAUAUUUCGAUAUGGAUGAAGACGAUACCCGCGCUGGGUCGCCCAACCCGCUGAAGAUUGAACGUUUCUGUGGCAUUCCUAUUAAGACGCCUGAUUCCUCGCGCUGGGCCCAUAAUAUUCACAGUCGUAUCUUGUAUAAGUUCCCCUUCUUGGUGGAAAUGUUCUAUUGGGCUUUGAACUUUCUGUUUUAUUCUAUUACCAAGGCGACGGCUCAGUGGCUGGUUCCCGCCGAUGUGGGUGUCGUUGCGGUUGCGCAGCAGCAUGGUGAGGAUGUACUAUGGUUCGAACAUGAAUCUGCCUUCCGAUGGAUGUUUCCCCUCAUGGAAUCGGACUAUCAGUCGUUUUUCAUGAACUACCACCCCGGUAUUAUGACUUUCUUCAACCGCAUAUAUUCCCUGGUACACAUCCCAGGCACCGUUCUCUUCCUAUCAUGGUACUACCACGAAGCUCCUAAUUCCAACAUCUUCGCCAUCGCCCGCCGCACAAUGACACUGGGCAACUUCUUCGCUUUCGCAGCUUUCUGUGUCUACCCCUGCAUGCCACCCCGUCUCCUCCCCGAAUCCUAUAAUUUCUUCGAUACCGUCCGCCAGGAACACGCCGAAAGUGUCUGGGUUGGCAGCAAAUCUGUGAACCAAUUCGCCGCGAUGCCCAGUCUGCACUUUACCUACGCCUUCGUCAUUAGUAGCACAUUCCUCUACCACUCCGAGCUCCUCCGUCGUCUUCGCGGAAAGCCCACCCGCAAAUCAACCAUCACACAAAUCAUCUUCGCAACCCUCGCAGUGCUCUACUCCUGCCUUGUCCUCAGUGUCAUUGUCGCAACGGCCAACCACUACUGGCUCGAUGCCGUUAUGGCCAUGAUCUCCGUCACAGUGUGCUUCAUGAUCAAUCGCGUUUUCCUGCUUCUGCUACCGGCAGAGUACUUCGUUUGCUGGGCGCUUCGAUUGGCGAAGCCCCUUAACAACGUCGGGGGGAAUAAGAAUGACGAUAAGGGUUCGUUGUCGCCUAGAUACCGAACUGUGCCAGCUUAUGAUGUUUGA